CCCAGACGGUUGGCCUGAAGACAAUAACGGCAUCUGCGUUUUGUUUUUUUGACGCUAAUGUGUAUUCUGACUCGUUGCUGCGGUUCGAGCUCUUCAGCUGGCCUACUGGUCACUCAUGAAGUGUCCGCCAUGCAAAAAUUUGUUUUGGGACUCUUGGCGGUGGUAGGCAGCGUCAUCUGCGGCAUUUCCGGUGAUGCACCAGCGGGCUAUUACCGCGUCCAGGCGGAUCUGCUGCAGCUGCAGAAUCCCCUAGGCGUGCGGCACGACGGAAAACCCUGCGACCGCCUGGGAGUUUGCGAUCCAGUCAUCAAGGUUUUCCUUGACACUGAAAGGCCGAUGUCGGCGUUUCCGGGACCACGCUACAUUUCGCAGUACACCAAAAUCUUCUCCGCCGUCGACCAGAACGAGCCAGUGAUUAAUAAAAAUGUAUCCGUGGACAUUUGUGGACAACCGUUCUCGAAAGCUAAUCUUCGGGCAUAUGUCAAAGACGACGAUUCAUUUCUGCGCCUGACGGAUGACCAUAUCAGUGACUUCGACUGCAUUUUUUCGCCGACACCGGCAGCGGAUGAGGCUUCAGCUCAGUGGUCGAAAGGGGAGCCCUGUCAGGGUACAACACAACCCGGCAAGAUCAAGUUGUUUUAUCGCUACCGUGUCUUCACCAUCCCACCUGAACAGUGCCGUCCCACGCCCCCACCGCAAUCGGGAUAAAAUUAUUGGAGCUUCCUCAACACUACCAUGCUGCCGCCCUGCGGGUGGCGAAACUGCGCUUUAGAAUUUGCUCUACAAAUAAUGUGAUGUUGUCCACUUACGCACUUACGAGAACCCGUAGCGUAUACAAGUAAACCUUUAAAAUCCGUACGGUUCACGUCAAUUACAACUGUUUUUUGAUCGAUUUGAAGGGCAUUUUGAAUCCUUAAAUCCUUAAAUGUUGCACUCGUA